CGCCUCGGAUAUAAAUAAGUCGUGUCCUGGAUCUCUCCCAGAUCCAUCCGUGGACCUGACACGGGGCCAGCUCGCAUGAUUGGCCGCCCGGGAUCACGUGUCACAGCAAUCUCAGGUGACCUUCAAAGUCCGACACGAGCACCCCAAGAGACUACACAGCAUCGGUUUCAGGGUCCGGCAUGGCUGCCCCGGGGGUCCGGCUGUCAGGCCUAAUGAUCAGGAGACACAUGGCGAGCGGGUCCCACGGACAGAGUCACGGAGCCGGUGCGCGCACCUGGAAGAUCCUGGCGUUCGUGGUGGCGAUCCCGGCCGUCGCCGUCUGCAUGCUGAACGCUUGGCUCCAGAAGCAGAAUCAUCCGCAAGAGGCUCCGGAGUUCAUCGCCUACGAUCACCUGCGCAUCCGCACCAAGCGGUUCCCGUGGGGUGAUGGGAAUCACAGUCUGUUUCACAAUCCUCACGCCAACCCCCUGCCCCAGGGCUACGAGCCGAGCGGCCAGAAGCACUGACUGUGACGGGCAAUAAAGAGCAUUCUUCUA